AUGAACGGUGCAGCUUAUCAGCCAUUAUCCGACCAAGUAUCCAAGCACAGCUUUCUUCCCAUCCGCGGCCCCGAAACUUACAAGUACACGUUCGUCUCGUUACUACCCUUCACCUCCUGCGCCAUCUCUCUCACCCUUCUCCUUGCUCGGAGCCAUCGAGCAACCAAACCCUCCUCCGUCCGUUCCUAUCAACUUUGCCGCCUAUCGAACUCGGAGCCGUUCCUUCGAUUUCCUCGACCGCAGGGUAAUCGACGACUUGCCAACUGGAUAUCCACCAGUAACCCGGACAUCAUGCGUGUCGAUGCAGACAACGACGAGCCCGGGUUGGCCGAGUCCACCUAUGAGCUGAUCAGCGGCGCAGAUACCGAGUCUCAAGAGGAAAAUUACACAGCAUCCAUAUCCGAGUCUGUGGGUUCGCUCGACUUUCACCGCCCCGAGGAUGUGCACUCAUUAGCCGGCACCGAACAAACGUAUGAUGACGAGUCCCUCAUGGACGACGACGUCGAGCAUCUUUCCCAGUCCAUCGUGCACGGCGAGGCGUCUGAUUUGAACAACCAGGACACGACACUUACACAACACGGCUCGGAUGCCUCAGAGUCCGACGAGGAGGCCCGCUCUCUUUGCUCCCUCCAGUACACCCAACACAGUCUCAAGACGCCUUCCAUCUUGACUCCCGACGCCAGCAAGAUCAUCGAAAUGAAACCCAGCGAGGCUGACGCGUCAUACCGUUCCUAUGCAGUCGUUUCUUUGUGGAUCGAUGCCGCCCACAGUGGACUGCGCUGGGCCUGGGACCAUGCUGCUGACGCCACUUCAGCCGUUCUUCCCGGUAUUCUUUUUGUGGCGUUGCUCAGUCUUGCCGCCAAUCUUCUAUAUCCCUCGCCCGCGUUAUUUCAUAAAGAUGCAGAGAGGGUGGCAGUUUCGGCAAUCACGGCAACAAUAACAUCCCACGUCGUCCGCACUAGCCAAACGGCGCCCACAGCCCCUCACAUUCAGCAGACAAGCUCGGCAAAAGGCAUGGGCCUAAUCCCUCUGACUGACAAGACCUCUGACGAAUGGCUGUUCGGAUCGAAGAAGCCCGACGUCCAGUUCAUCCCAUUAGGUCAAGGCGAAGUCAACAUCAGCGUAGCUUCGGAUCUGAAACAGACAUGGCUCAAGAAGAAGAACUGCCUCUCCAUCUCGGCGAUGCGCGAAACCGAUCCGGUAGAGCUGGAAGUUUUGCCUCAAAAUUACGGCUUCCUCGUCAAGUUCCCCCGGCGGGAGACGCAUGGAGUUGUCAAGCUACUCAUUCGUGCCGCGUGUCGGCCGUACGCCAACAAGGCGGUUAAGAUCCACUUUGGCAAGGGCAUUGUGGAGGAGGCUCUCCAAAUCACCAAGAACCUUGCCCACGAAAUUUCUGGUCUUGUUCCGGCAGCUGCUCUCGAGGCAGAACGGCGCCUUGUGGGAGCAAAGAAGUCGUUUGACGCCGUAUCGGACAGCGUCACAAGCAAAGUGGCGACGGCCUCGGACGGUCUGAUUUGCAAAGUCAGGGACCUGGGCAAGGAAGUGCGAAACCUGCUCCAAGAAAUCCCCACGCCCGUUGCGACAUCAGCGCAGGAACUGGUCGGCAAAGUUUCAGAGACGCUUGAUUCCGUACGUAGGCAGUUACGGGAGCCGUUUAGCGCUGGGAGCUGCUUGAAAGCGGACAUUCAGGAUGGAAUCCUCGACACCCGGCUUUUCUUGCUCACCACUCAGAUAUCUGCGAGAAUGUGGUGGCUCAAAAUCACUGGGCAGACCGUGGAACACGACACCUACGAAGCAAAGGCCAGGGAGUUUGUAGCAAACAUGAGGCUAGAGGGACGGAAUAGGAUCCGAGGACUGUCUCCUCACGCCGGACAGGACCAUGUGUUGUCGCGGCGGACGAGACGCGGUCGCUGUAAAAGCUAA